UGCUUGGUUCCUUCACCUCUACAAGCUCCACAUUCAUUUAUAAAUCUGAGCACCAAGUUGCUCUCCAGUCUAUGUCCGUUUACCUCCAUUUCUUGUAGGUAGAGCUUGCUGGUUUGGUGCUUGCUCUCUAGCCCAGCAUGAAGAAGGUUGCCGGCUCGAGCAAGACGGUUAAAGUAGGCCCUUGGGGCGGCCAUGGUGGAAGUCCUUGGGAUGAUGGCAGCUACAGUGGAGUUCGAGAGAUAUAUCUGGUCUACGAUCGGUGCAUCGACUCGAUUCGGGUCUUGUAUGACAAGAAUGGGAAGCCUGUUUUGGCAGAAAAGCAUGGAGGAGUUGGGGGCAACCUCACAGUCCAGGUCAAACUGCAUUACCCGGAGGAGUUCCUGACAUCAGUAAGCGGGCACUAUUCUCCGGUGGUACACAGUGGUUCACCCGUGAUUCGAUCGCUUACGUUCAAGAGUAAUCAGAGGGCUUUCGGGCCUUUCGGAGUUGAAGAGGGGACGCCAUUCACAUUCCCAAUGGAUGGAGGGAUGAUUGUUGGCUUUAGCGGAAGGAGCGGUUGGUACCUUGAUGCUAUUGGCUUGUGUGUGUCGCCCAUCCGAACCGUCGGCCCCUAUGAUGCUGUGCACCAGAAGCUUCAGAAGUUUGGGAAUUUGGCUGCCAAGUCAUUGGGACAUGGAAAAGGGGAACAUGGCUCUCAUGCCACUGCUAGGACCCAGAAGGCUCAUGCAUAGGCUCUCCAAAUGUUUUAUUGGAUGUAAAUGUUAGUGUUCGGUUGUGGUGAGGUUUUGCCACUGAACUUAAGAUGUCAUCAUCAUUGAGGCUAUGUGAAAAGCUAUUGCUCUCGAUCCAUUCAUGGCCUUCUCAUAAUGUGUAGAGAGACUGAAGGACCAUUACCAAGUUAAGGUCCCUAUACCCCAAGAUCCUAAAACAGGAGGACUGAAGAGAUAUAACUUUUCACA